ACCGUUUCAACAGGCAGUCUGGAGGUCAGCCGUGUGGGUCCUAUUUGAUAGUAAAUUAGUGCUUUGCAGAUAACAAAUUAGAAAUGUAUUGGUUAAUGUUUACAAUCAGAAGCAGCGCUCCAGGCUUGAACUCCGCAUUCCUAAAACAUUUCAACAUAGCCUCGGUCACACAGUCUUCUAAAAUGGCUUCAGAUUCCCACUGGCUGUCUCCUGCUGAGAGAGAGCAGUUUCUGCUGGAACUCAAAGCCACGGGCUGGGCGGAGGUGGAUGACAGAGAUGCCCUUUACAAGGAGCUGAGCUUUAAGUGCUUCAACCAGGCUUUCGGAUUCAUGACCCGGGUAACUUUAAAGGCUGAGAAACUGAACCACCAUCCGGAGUGGUUUAAUGUGUACAACAAGGUUCAGAUAACACUGACAACACAUGACUGUGGAGGACUGUCAAAAAGAGAUGUGAAACUGGCUCAGUUCAUUGAUAAAGUGGCUCUAACCAUGUAACCUGCAGUGUGUUGAUGGCUCUGCAAUGCUGCCACUUAGUCUGGUAUUACUCUACAUACUCCCUGAGGACACUCGAUACACAUUUAUAGUGACUAGAAGUUCAGGAGAGCUCCUCUUAAAGAAGCAGCAGCCCCACCUUUGAUCCAGAGACACACCUGUGCAUGUGCUGUGCUGAACACUGGACACUGAAUGAGAGGAGCCUGGGGCUCACAGAGGGGCGUUGUGGGGAGGUGAUGCUUCUCGCUUACUGGUAUUCAGGGUUAUAAACUUUGUAAUACUAAAUAUACUAAAUAAAAAAGCUUUUUGG